AUGCCAAAAGAGGAAUUCUACGAUCUCCACCCUUAUGGGGGGACAUACAACCACUAUGCCGUAUUCUUCUGCUUAGACGAUGCCGCCAAGUCAAGAGUUGUCGAAGUUCUGAAAGCAGGUCUUGAGAGGACGCUUGCUCAGGUCCGCCAGUUGAACGGAAGGAUCGAAAAAGAUCCUUGGGGCGGUUACUCCUUUACCGAGAGAAAGGGCUCAACCGUCCGCUUCGUCGUUCAAUGGCUCGACGCCCCAGAAGAUGCCGACAAACUCUGGGCUGUAUUACCGAUGACCUAUGGCGAGAGGCCCGAAGCUACUCCGGAGCGGAGUCCCGUCACUGCUGGCUUCAAGGCAAACUUCGUCCGGGGCGGGCUUGUCUUCAGCAUUCAUCACCAUCAUUACUCCCAAGAUGCCAUGGCUUGGGCUGGGUUCAUCCACGAGCUGGUCGAAAACUGUUCCGCGUUUAGCCGUGGUACCGCCUACCACUCGUGGGAUCCGGCCUGCAAUGAUGUCUCCCGCUUUCUCAAGCCCGAGCCUCCGGAGGAAGAGAAGAUAGACGGACCACCGCCGCCCGAUAGACAUCCCGAUCACAAAGUCGGUAUCUGUCUUCUAUUCCACCUGCCCAAGAGCAAAGCCGCUCAGCUGAAAGAGCUCGCCAAACCCAACGAUGGUACAUGGAUCUCGACGUACGACGCCUUUUCCGCCUUUAUGUGGCGGCAUAUGACACGUCUUCGAGCCCCGGUGUUCAAGACUCUGCCAGACUCAAAACUCUUCUGGUGUGAGACGAUAGACAUGCGUCGACGUCUACACAGCCCAAAGGUACCCGCUCGCACUCAACAAAACGUUAUGUACGUGGCCAUGUCUACGACCGCACCUGUGGAACAACCAACGAUAUCGGAGCUCAUCUCGGUCUGGCCGUUCUGGCGAGUAGCGCGGUAUGUGCGCCAGUUGACGGAUAGCGUAACGCAAGAAAGUCUCGAUGAAACGCUCAAGAUGGUGGCGAUUAUCCGCGCGAAUUCAAGCCUCAACUCCCGCAUCGGUUCGCCUCCGCCCAUGCCAACCAUUGUGUUGGACCAUCGCGAUGCCAAUGUACCCUCUGCUGACUUUGGCUUCGGGAAGCCUGCAACUUAUCGAUACUUGAUGGGACGCAUAGCAGAGGGUGGGGUGCUUGUCUACCCACCUCGUGAUCCGUCGCCUGAGUCGGAUGAAGGUCCUGGAAUUGCCAUCAUGUAUGAGAAGGAACUGGCUCAGACGCUCAACGAGGACCCGGAGUGGAACAAGUUCUUUGAGUAUAGGGGCGUCGAUGCUGAACAUACAGAAGCAUAG